CAUUCUUGCACAUCUUUUUAUUUAGAGCUGACAAAAUGGCGAAGAAUAUGGAGAACACCAGUUAUCGCAAAAUAGAUGUGGAUGCGUAUGAUCCAGAGAAUUUCGACGAAAACGAGGAUGUAUCACAUAUUGUUAUACAAGUGAAACCACAUGACGUAUUUGAAAGGGAGGGCGAUGAUCUCAUUGCGAAAAAAACUAUAUCGCUGAACGAAGCUCUAUUCGGGUAUGAAAUCCCAUUAAAACAUCUUGACAGCCGUACUUUGAUUUUGAAGAAUAAGCCAGGAGACAUCAUAACCCCAGAUUGUAUUCGUGGCAUAAUCGGAGAAGGUAUGCCGCAAAGGCGACAUCAUGAUCUUCGUGGAAAUCUUUAUGUAAAGUUUGAUGUAGCCUUCCCAAAUGAUCACUUUUUGGAAGACGACACGAAGUACAAGAUGAUUGAAACCGCAUUCCCACCAGUCAGGAAAGUUGCAUAUCCGUCGAAUUGUGAAGAGGUGUCUUUGAUGGAAUACGAUGAGAAGCGGUAUCGUGGCGGUAGAGGAGGAGGACAAGCUUAUGAAGAAGACGGAUCGGAUGAAGAAAUGGGUGGUCAUCACGGGCCUCAGGGUUUGAAUGGCGUUGGAAAGCGAGAAGAAGCAACGCGAGUUCGAAAACUGCGAUGGAAUCUGGAUCUAGAGGGCCGCAAGAAAGUGUUUUGUGCUCUACGCUUUGCUUCUCACCUUUUUUCGCCAACUUUCUCAUUCUCGUCCUCAUCGCACCUGAUGAAAUACAAAUGA